AUGACGUGCCAGGCGUUCGGCAGCACCGACUCCUUCACGACGCUGGCCAGCGAAUCUUCCGCCCUACCACUUCUCAUCCACCAUGCCGGCCCUGGAGACUGCCUCCCCGUGUCCAGCCACGCAACCAGCAUGGUGUCAGCAGUGCCCUCAGGACUCUCCCUGGUCCAGUCGUCCAAGCGCUCCCACAUGCACCUGUCCACAUCCGCCCUGAGCAGCACAUCAGCCGGCCUGCACUACCCUGUGCCAUCCUGUCACUAUGGCAACCAACAGACCACCUACGGCAUGAUGACAGGCGGCCUCGCCCCCUGUCUGUACAAGUUCCCGGAGCACAGCCUGGGCGGAGGAUCCUGCGCGCUGGGCCACGGCUUCCCCGCGCUGCCCCAGGCCCUGCUCUCCGAGGAGCCUGCUCUGGGGGACUUCAAGCAGGAGCUACGCAGGAAGAUCCAGCCCCCCGAGGAGCCCCCCGACAUGGACUCGCCCCAGAUCCGGGAGCUCGAGAAGUUUGCCAAUGACUUCAAGCUGCGGCGGAUCAAGCUGGGGUACACCCAGACUAAUGUGGGCGAGGCCCUGGCGGCGGUCCACGGCUCUGAGUUCAGCCAGACCACCAUCUGCCGCUUCGAGAACCUGCAGCUAAGCUUCAAGAACGCCUGCAAGCUUAAGUCCAUCCUGGCGAAGUGGCUCGAGGAGGCCGAGCAGGCGGGGGCACUGUUUAAUGAGAAGAUUGGCAUGAAUGAGAGAAAGAGGAAGCGCAGGACAACCAUCAGUCUUGGAGCCAAAGAGGCCUUGGAGAGGAACUUUGAGGAGAAGAGCAAGCCUUCCUCGCAGGAGAUUGUGCGCAUGGCUGAGGGACUGCACCUGGAGAAGGAGGUGGUGCGGGUGUGGUUCUGUAACCGCCGGCAACGGGAGAAGCGUGUCAAGACCAGCCUGCACCAGGGCUCCUUCCACAACCUUGCCAAGGACAGCCCCACCUGCAGGUAGACCACCAAGAGACCCUCAAGGGUAAGGUAAAUUACCAAGAGACCUCCACCUCCAAGCAGACCACCAAGACACCUCCAU